AUGACGACCUCUUCAAGUACGCUACUGCGCUUCUUCUCUUUCGCUUUGCUUUCUUUUUCGACUAACAAAACAGGCUUUAGCAGGGCUGUGGCUGGAGGCGAUAUCGUGUUCAACGUCACCAUCGACGCCCCGGCAUUGACUCUCCCCAACAUGCAGCUCACAGCCCACAACUUUGAUGUGGACCUGAGCGUGAGUCGGUUGCACGUGCCGAUGGUCAACUACGCGGCCUACGGCGGCCUCCUGCUCGUCCAACUCUUCAUGUUCGUGGUUCUCAUCCUGGCCCACCUCUGCGUUGUUCGCCGACUGCGCGCCAUCCUGGCGAAGCACCACCUCGAAGACGACGAUGAAGGCCUCGAUGACAAGGCCGGUGCUGGAGACUACGUCAUACUGGAGAAGGACGGCGUGCGGUAUGACGCCGACGGCGGGGAUCGGAGGCGAGCGGGCGGGUUCGGGCGGCACGAGCAGUCGUGCGAGGGCUGCGGGCGUGGAUGCGCCGCCGAUGCCCACUUCUGCGCGUGCUGUGGGCGCCCGCUCUCUCUCCAGCGCCCCGCUCCCACCACAACGCACUCCCACAACUGA